UUGGGGGUUAAUAGCAGAUUCCCAUGGGGGAAUUUGACAGUUCUGUCACGGUGUCGUGAAAUUUUUUCGUAAAUUUUCCAGUUUUUCUCGUGAUUUCCCACAUAAAUUGUGAAUAUUUGCAAAGAGGAACAUUUUUUCUCUCAUUUACCACCAAAAUAUCAAGCGGGAGUGCAGUGAAAAGGUCAGGAAGCGAGUGAGGAGGGAGCACGCAGGUGUAGCUUGGCACAAUGGCCGGCAGAGGGGGCUAUGAUAAUCACAGGGGCUAUGGCGAUAGGUCAAAGAAACCCCUACCCACGGAGCCACCGUACCUGGCUUUUGUUGGGAAUCUGCCCCAGGGGCUCGUCCAGGGGGAUGUCACGAAGAUUUUCAAGGAUUUUGAAGUGAAAAAUGUACGUUUGGUGAAGGACAAGGAGACCGAUCACUUCAAGGGCUUCUGCUACGUGGAAUUCGAGACACUGGACAAUCUCGAGCGUGCCCUGGAACUCGAUGGACGCAUCGAACUUGAGGACUGCCUACAACCGUUGCGAAUUGACGUUGCGGAGCAGAAGAAAUUUGACCGUGGUGGCUUCAAGCAGCGCGGACCACCACGCUCAGGAGCUGGUGGCGGUGGCAGUGGGGGCUUCAAUAAGGGCAACAGCCGCGACGGUAGGGGCUUCAAUGACGGAGGCUACGGGCAGGGACGCAAUGACUUUGACAGACGUGGUGGCGGAGGUGGUAGCCGUGGCAACUUCACUGAUCGCGGGCCGAAUCGUGGGCGCUACGGUAACUUCUCCGAGGAGGGUGGUCGUGAGGAUUGGAAUCGCGAUGGAGGACGUGGCUUUGGGGAUCGUGGCUCCCGGGAGGGUAGCUUUGGUGGUAAUCGCGAUGAUCGCUACGGGAACUACAGACGUGGCCCAGGUGGUUCCGGUGGGCAUGAUCGUGAUUUCGAAAAAAGAGGUGGUGGCGGAGAUGAUUUGAAAUCCAUGCCCAUCAAUGAUGAGGGAAGGCCCCGGCUUAAGCUGAACCCGCGCACGGUGAAGGAGCCAAUUAAUUCUCUUGCAGAGACCAAACAGGCGGCAUCAAUUUUCGGGAAUGCCCGUCCACGUGAGGAGAAAUUGAAGGAUUUGGAUGAAAAUUAGAGAUCGCACCCAGAUUGUGUGCAUGGCAGGUGAGUUAUAUAGAUUUAUAUUCAAUACUAAAUGAAGAAAGAGAAGAAAAAAAUGAGAGAGAAUGCAACGCGAGACAAACUCCCCCCAAACAAAAAUUAUGGAGAUGAUAAACUUUUUUGCGCUGAUGCAGUCAAGAUGAAAAUUCCACAGUUAUAUAUAAAACAACAAGAAGGAAAAAAAUGGAUUUUGGAUGGAAAUACAAAUCAGCAUAAUCACCCAAUGAUAUAAAUGAAAAAAAAACUACUACUACCCAAAACUCUGCUAUAUAUACAUGCAAAAUGAUUAUAUAUAAAAACAAUGAACGAGAAGAAGCUAAAAGAAAAUGGGAAAUGCGAUGAAAAUGCGAAUUAAUGAGCGAGUUUUUACAUAAACAAUUUUUCUGCAAAGUGUUGACAAAGUUAAUUCUAAACGUGCGCGUGCGAUUCAUUACAAUUAAAUGCGAAACGGUGAGUUUUAGAAGGAAGAAAAAUAAAUAUAUAUAUCAACGUGUUUUACAGAGAGAAAGCAAGCUAAGAAAAACCUCCUAUUGGGGAUAAAGAAAAAAAUCACGCUGAGAAGGAAAAAAAGGAUAAUUAAUUGUGAAGAAAAGGGAAUUUUAUUGAUUAAAAAAAAAGGAAAGAAAAUAAAUAUUGAACAGAGUUUAAUAUAAUUGAAAAAAUAAAUAAUAUUUGUAAUAUUUAGUAGAUCAUCAA